AUGAGGAUUUCCCCACGUCGAACCGCUUCAGACCCCAUUCACGUGCAUGUUUAUUUUUCGUCAUCGAGCCGAUAUUGUAAAAAAUCUGUUUUUUGCUCUAGUACCUUUCAAUCAAGGCCACUGACCGGUAAAGGAGAAAUGCUGAGUUGCAUAGGUAGGUCGACAAGACUACAACGCUCGGUACUGCUGAAGUACACGAACCGCCCUGCAAUUGCCAAUGCGAAAACCAAUCAACCUUCUUUUCACUGCACGCGGUUAUUUCAUAGCAGCAAAUUGCUGCAAGAAGAGGCCAAAAAGCAUACACCUAAGGACAGCCUUUUUGAUGGAAGACUAGGGAAGCUGCUUAAGUGGUCCGUAUUUUCUACUGGUAUCUUGGUGUCAACAGUGGGCGUGUCUUUGCUUGGAUUUUUCUUGUAUGAUGCGUCAACGUACAAAGAUUGUGAAGUCCCUGAGUUCAUCGACGUACCCAAGAUGGCUUUGACACCCGAGCUCGGCGGCCCAGAAAACCUUCCUAUUUUGAGAGACAAUUUGGAUGCAUAUGACUCUGAGGCUAAAGAGAAACUCUCUUACAGGCCCAAACUUGUAAUUUUGGGUUCAGGGUGGGCAUCUGUCGGUGUUUUGAAGUCUUUAUCACCAGGGGAGUAUGACGUGACUGUCGUCUCACCCCAAAAUUAUUUUCUGUUUACUCCUUUACUCCCAUCUGCUGCCACUGGUACGUUGGAAGUGAAGUCCUUGAUGGCUUCUAUCAGGAAGCUAGUUAAUGACGUUAGUGGUCAUUAUCUUGAAGCAAAGGCUGAAAAAGUCGAAUUUGAAAAGAAUCUGGUGAAAGUUUCUCAAGUUAAUCCACAAAGUGGUGAGAAGAGAAGUUUUUAUUUGCCUUAUGAUAAGCUUGUGGUUGCUGUCGGCUCAACAUCUAACACCCAUGGUGUCGAAGGCCUAGAGAACUGCUCCAGGCUCAAAACUGCUGAAGACGCAAUCAUUCUGAGAAGGAAAAUUAAAGAUAAUCUUGAAGUUGCGUGCUUGCCAACGACAUCUGACGAGGAGAGAAAGAAACUCUUAAGUUUCGUAGUUUGCGGCGGUGGUCCCACUGGAGUUGAAUUUGCUGCUGAAGUGUUCGAUUUGUUGAACGAAGAUUUGCCAAAAACUUAUCCAAGAAUACUAAGACAAGAGGUCUCUGUGCACAUUAUUCAGUCACGUUCCAAUAUUCUAAACACUUACGACGAGACCAUUUCUGAAUAUGCCAUGCAGAGAUUUAAGAAGGACGAUAUUGAUGUACUUACAAACUCCAGAGUUCACAAGAUUCUGCCCGAUAGAGUUGUGUUUACGCAAAAGAAUGCUGUGACGGGUGAGAACGAACUAAAGGAACUUCCUUUUGGGUUAUGUCUUUGGUCCACAGGAGUUGCCCAAAAUCCUUUAGCGAAGCAAGUUGUCCAAGACUUAGCUGCAUUUCAAAGGAACAGGAGAGCUAUAGAAACUGAUUCUCAUCUGCGUGUCAUCGGAACUAAAAUGGGUGAGGUUUACGCGAUUGGCGAUUGCGCUACUGUAAGGACUGACCUUGCAGAACAUGCUGUUCAGUUUGUAAGACAAUUCAUCAUCAACAAACACCUGCAUCCAACGAGAAGUACUGAGAUUAUUACUGAUGAUGAUAUUAGACAUUUGUCCAUCUCAUAUGAUGAAAUUCACGAUUUGGCGAGAGAGUUGGUGAGAAGACAUCCUCAAACUAGAGAACACCUUUACAACGUUGAGGACAUCCUACUAAAGUAUGACACUAAGAAAACCGGAGCGUUGGACUUUGACCAAAUAACUCAGCUUCUGAAAGAGGUUGAAAGCAAAGCCACCUCGAUGCCUGCUACAGCUCAAAGAGCACACCAGCAAGGUAAAUAUCUUGGCAAAAAGCUGACCAAGGUUGCGCGUAGCUCAGAAACGGCCAAAGUUAAUGAAAGCCCACAGCUUAUUUCCGACGAGUCUGUUUACAAAGCCUUCAAAUAUGUUCAUUUGGGCUCACUAGCUUACAUCGGUAACUCUGCUGUCUUUGAUAUUCCGGGAUAUUCUUUUGUUGGAGGUUUAGUUGCAAUGUACCUCUGGAGAGGUAUUUACUUUGCUCAAACAGUUUCUUUGAGAACAAGAGUUCUGCUCUUCAUGGACUGGUUAAAGAGAGGAAUUUUUGGAAGAGACAUCCUGUCAGUGUAA